AUGGAGAAAGAAAAAAUAUAUGAUCGUCAGCUAAGAUUAUGGGGAGUAAAAGCGCAGAACAGGAUGAUGAAAUCUAAUGUUUUAGUUGUUGGUUUGAGUGGUAUAAAUAUUGAAUUAUGUAAGAAUUUAAUUUUGAAUGGCAUAAAUAUUACAAUAAUUGAUAAUAAUAUAGUUGAUGAAGAAGAUAUAGAGAAUAUAUUUUUUCUGAACGAAUAUGAUGAUAUGAAUGAAUAUAUGAGUGUAGCAAUAUAUAAAGAAUUAAAAAGUAUUAAUCAAUUAAUUAAUAUAAAAGGAUAUAUUGGACAUAUAGAUUUGGAUAAGAAUAAUAUAAUAAUUGAAAAAGAAUUGAUAUAUAAAGAUAAUGAAAUAAUUAAGGAAAAUAAAAAAGAAGAAGAUUGUUCAUAUAAUAUAUGUGAUUAUAUAACAAAUUAUACUUGUGUAUGUAUUUCAUGUGAAGAUUAUCCUUUAUAUAAAUUAACAAAAAUUAAUGAAAUAUGUCAUGAAAAAAAUAUAGGAUUUUUUGCUAAUAUGUGUCAUGGAAAAUAUGCUUUUUUAUUUUCUGAUUUUGGAAAUCAUAUAAUUGAAGAAUCUUAUUAUAAAAUAAAAAAUGAUGAUAAUAAAAAAAAAUCUAAUGAUAAUAAUAUUCAAGUUCAAUAUUGUACACUAUCUCAUUUUUUAAAAGUACCCUUCUCUAAUUUAGAUAAAAAAACAAAUGAAAUUAUUUAUUAUGUUUUUGCAUUAAUAUUAUAUGAACAAGAUAAAAAUAUUAAUAAACAAAAUAAACAAAUUGAUGAACAAGAUUUCUUAAAUUUUUAUAAUAAAUUAGCAAACAAAACAUAUAUUCAAAAUCCUACUGAAUUAUGUAAAACUUAUAAAAUUAACUUCUCUCCAUCAUGCUCUAUUAUGGGAGGAGUAACUUCUCAAGAAAUUAGAAAAUUCAUAUCAAGACAACAUGAGUCCAUACCUAAUUUUUGCGUUUUUGAUAUGAACCAAAAUAUUGUUUGCACAUCAAUGAUUAAAUGA